UAAUAAGGGUUUCGAUGCUUUUUUUCAAUCCACCAACACCAUGCACAACAAAGAUACUUUCUACUCACUUCAUCCUGAAAAUCUAUCACUUGGACUCAUUCUUGUCUGUAGAUAUUGCCAAUUUCCUUCAAUCAAAGCCAAGUCUGGAAUAAAUACAGGAAAUAACAGUCAUCACAUUUACAUAAAAGAUGACUCCCAGUCACAAUGAAGAAGGUGAAAAAAAUAAGAAAAUUUCUCGUGGGAUGAUAUUCAAAGCGCACACUCCAAACCUCCCCUAACUUUGGCCAACUAUAAAGCUGGAAUAUUCGAAACAGAUCGACAGUUCAACAGGUGAAAUUUUCAAAAGUUUCGUCUUUGCACAAGGGACAUCUUUAGGUUCAUAUCAUGAAAGUUUUUGUUUUGCUCGGUGUUUUUUUGAUAGUGAUGGUUCUUGUUCAUAGUUUCGAUGAAAUAGGUAUUGGACAUCCGGCAAGCUUUGCUUUUAGUUUCCUACCUCAACAUGAUAUAAUUCCGAUGCCUCAGCAACAAACUGAGUAUUCUCAAGAUUUGCCACAACCAGGAGAAAGAUCCAGAUCUCGAGGUUUCUUUCCUCAAGUACGUGUUGGACGAUCUGGAUAUUUCCAUAAUCCUAGUACUUCAAAAAAAGCGGCCAAGAUGACGGUGUUCCCAAGAGUGGGCAGAAAUUCUCCAACUGUAUACGCAGAAAACGAUUGUGAUGACAGGCAUGCCACAAGAGAUACGACUUCUGGACUGUGGUUUGGUCCUAGACUUGGAGUACACAAACGUGAUAAAUACGAAUUGCCUCUGUCUUACGUUCUCUUAAACGGUGCUCAGGGAACUAGAAUGGAAUACUCUCCUUUUCCAGAUAGGGACUUCGAAUCUGACGACGGAAGUGAAAAACUGGACUUUGAAUCUUAUAACUGAAUGUUACCUAAACAUUUGAAUAUUCAUUUCAGUAUGAUAUAGGGCUGGAUAUCUUACUGGAAUUUUUUUUGUAAUUAAUGUACCUAACUAAAUAUUGAAUAUUUUCUUUUUCA